AUGGCUGCCAAUACCUCGGAUGAUGAGACUAUGAAUACUUGGAUCAAUCAUGAAAAUUGGAAUGAAUUAUCCCUCGAGCAACUUCAACAACAAUUUGAAACCAUCCAACAAGAAUCUCUCUCUUCUUCUUCAUCAUACAAACUCAAUGAUCAUCAUAUUAUUGAAUUAAUUCAAUAUAUUAAAAAAUAUGAUCAAGCCUUUUCAGAUCAGUUGUGUUUCACCACCGAUGGCAAAGAGUUUAUUACCAAAGAUCAAAUUGAAUAUGAAUUACAAGUACUAUUAGAAAAGUAUGGAGGUAGAAUCAACAAGAACGAAUUACCCAAACUAUUGAGAGUUGAUUUUACGUACUUGGAAUCACCUAUUCAAAAUUUAAUUAACAAACACUUGAUAUUACCUGAUUUGAUCAAUGGAUGCGAAAUUCUAACUGAAUCCUAUCUCGAAUCAGUGGUUAUGGAAAUCAAUGAAUUACUCGUCUUGUAUGGGUACAUUUACAUUGGAAUAUUAACCAAACAAUUGUUUUUACCUUCUGAUUUUAUUAAGGAACAUAUUAUUGCUAAAUACAAACAUUUAUUGUUGAAUGGUACUAUUUUUAGUAAUAACUCACUCUAUACUGAAAAGUAUAUCAAUAAUCUCAAAUCAAUUACUAUUGGUAUAUGUAAUGGUAUUAUUAGUAGAUCUAUUGAGUGUAAUGAGUUAUUGAAAAUUACAAAACAAUUCUAUGUCAUGAUGAAUGAUUCUUCCAUGAUCAUGAUGGCAAAUGAUACUUCAAAUGAUCCUCAGUUGAGCAAUGUUGAAAUUGAAUUGGAAUUGUUUCAAACCAUCAUCAAAGAUUUAAUCAAGAACAAACAAUUGAAUGGCACUCUUCAAGUGAAUUCCACUCUCUAUGUUCCAAACAUUUAUGAAAAGAAUGCAACGGAUCAAAUUUGUCAAUUCAUUGACAAUAAUGGAUAUAUUUCGAUUGAAAGAGUAGAACAAUUGAUUGGUUAUAAGGCUUUUAAGAGUACUCAACAAAUGAUCAAUUAUUUGAAUGCCUAUCGAGAUUCUCAAAAUUUGGCAAAUUCGAAUAUUCUCAACAACUCUGAGAACAUGUCAAUUACAACAACAACAACUACUAGUAUUAACACCACCAAUACCACCACUAAUACCACAUCUCUCAUCAACAUUCAAGAUGAAAUGAUCAUUCAUAUGAAAUUGAUUGAAUCUUUUCGUUCUAUUUUUGAUUCCACUCUCAAUGGUAACAAUGACAAACACAAAUCUAUUCCAUUACAUAUUGAAAACAAUGGUGGUGAUCAUUGUGUAUUAAUUGAUACUAGUUGUGAUAUGAAACAACUCAUUGACAAGUAUAUCGUAUUGAAUAAGAAUAUUAUUAAGAGUAAUAGUAUUGUAGUAUUUGAUAAUCGAUAUGUCAUGAGUUUGGAUAUGAUUGAUCAAAUAUUAAAUGAUCAAUUCAAACCACUUGCAUUGGAACAGGUUGGAAUUUAUUUAAAGACAGCAAGUGCUAUCACUUCUUCUCCAACAAAUACCUCAUCUUGUUCACAACAGGAGAGUUCAUCAAAGAAAUCAUCAUCGAGCAACAAGCAAAAGAAAGUAUCAUCAUCGAGCAAAUCUUCUGUCUCAUCUCCUGAACAAAGUGGAAUCAAAAAGAUUCUUCCUAAAAAGGAUGAAAUUUUCAAUUUAAUUGAAAAACAAUUAUUAAUUUAUUUAGACAAUGAUAAGGACAAUGAGAACAUGUUAAACAAAUUCAGUGGUCAAGACGACUCUAUUAUUGAUGAAAUGAUUCAAUAUUUAAUUCCUAAAAUUGAAAAGAUGUAUUUAGAAACUAGAGAUUAUCUCAUCAAUCAACAAAGUAUACAAUUAGAACAAAAAUUGAGCGGUGAAUUGAAUGUAGAAGACAAAUUGAACGAUUUAUAUACUCAAAUUGUUGUACACAACAAAUCCUUAGAUAUCCUACAUCGAUUGCAUAAAGAAAAUUUAGAAAAAGAAUUUAUUAAUCCCCUCGAAAAACACAUCCUCAAGACCAAAUGUACAAUUAUGGUAUAUUUAAUAUUAUAUGACACUUGUAAGAAUUUAUUGAGAUCUCUACAUGCUCCUUCCUCCUCUUCACUUCAAAAAGGAUCAUCAAAAAAGACAUCUUCUAGUAGCUCUACCACUCUUUCUGACUACACUCUCAAUAUUAAUGAAAAGAAUUUACAAUUCAUUAAGGAAUAUAACAACUUGUUAUGUAUGGCAAGUGAAGAGCAACAAGCGCAAUUUGUUGAAUUGAAUAGAGAAAUUAAAUUAUUAAUGAAACAAUUGAAUCAAAAGGUUGAACUUGAUAAGACAAGAGAGGAAGAGGUAAAAGAGAUGAACACUUUGGUUGAAAGCCUAAAUUCAAACUCUACAACACUGCAAUCAUUUAUUUCACAAUUUGAAACCACUGCUAAACAAUUUAGCAUUUUCAUUAAGGUGUUGGACAAGAAGCGAGAAAAAACCUAUCUCAAGGAAAAGAAACAAGAGCUUAAAAUCAAUCAUACAGAACAUUUGGCAAAAUUGACUGACGAUACUCUUCAAAGUGGUGUUGUGAUUUUCGGUACUCGUUUAAUUUCCAUUUGCCAAUAUUUGUUAAUGUUGAACGAUAAGGCCAUUUACUUAUUUGUUCCUGGUAAACUGGUGAAUCCACUCUUGAAAUAUUAUCUUGAAGAUGUUCACAUCGUUGAGGAAUAUUGCAAGGGUCAACUGGGCGAGUCCUUUAAAACUACAAUCAUUCCCACCCUCAAUAAGUGUCAACAAUUGGUAGUGGAGUACUUGGUUCAAAAUAAGAAGAAGAAACAAACAACAGAGAACGAACAAGACGAGGAAAGUAAUAGCGCAGCCUCUUUGAAUAUUUCCAAGGAGAAAGAACUUGUAGAAUUGUUUGCAAGUAUCGAAAAGAUUAUCUUUUCUUCUCCCACAUCUUCCGAGUAA